AUGAUAAAGAGUAGGUCCUGCUCCCGCAUAAAUUUCUUGUAGCUGAAGUAAUUUAGUGUUCUUUCAAGUCUUCAUGUUCCCAAAGCCAGAAUCUGAGUCUUCACUCUUCAGUGUAUCGUAAUCAAACUAAUUCUUCUUCUUUUUUGCUGCAAAUUGCUUUCUGAUUACAUUUGAACUCCUCUAGUCCAAGAUCUUGCUUGCAUCAGAGAGAUUAUAUUUACCCUCUCACAAAGAUUGAUCUUUUUCGAAUCUUUAGGUAACCUAUUUUCCUUAAUUUCAUUUAUUCUGUUGAUAACUCUUAGUUUUGGUGGCUGCAAGUUGUGUACGUAUCUCAGAAGAAACGGUCUUUCAUAUUGAUCUUCUGCUUUAUAGUUUAUUUCUGGAUAUAUUCUGUUAAACUGCUAAUUCCCCCAAAAUCCUAUAGCAGAACAAGGACUUGGUAUGUAUAUCAUGUUCAUGUGUAAAUGCGAUGUGUUGAAAGACCAUAAGUUAUGAAUUUUGUGCUGCAUUGAGUUAAGGACUUUUAAAGACCUUAGGGGUUAAGGAAGCAUGCUUAAUAUGUUUGUCGUGUUUCUUUGUCAAUAGCUAGUAUCAAUUGCAUUAUUGUAAACACUAUGUAAUGUUUUGUUAUCAAAUUUUGGUUAAAAUGAGAGACUGGCAAGACAAAAGAUUAAUAUAAGCAGAGAAUGGUUUAUUGACUUGAUUUAGGUUUAGAUGUGUACUCGUUAAGAAGGUAUUCAGCACUAGGCAAAUUUUUUUAGGUGACAUAUAACAACUAACUAGUGGAUCAGUCACUCAUAGAAAUAGGCUAAAACUUGCCAGAAAUUUAUCACUUUUACUAAUCAUUAUAUAUGUAAACUUUCUGUUUCUCGGAUUUUCCCAGCCAUGGAUGUCAAUGAAUCCCACAGUGUAAGUCUGAAACUCUUGGUAGACAGAAUGCAAAGUGAAGUAGUUUUUGCAGAAGCAAAUCACGAUUUUGUAGAUAUUCUCUUCAGUUUUAUGACAAUUCCUGUCAGCACAGUCCUUAAACUCACUGGUGAUCAAACAUUCAGUUGUAUGAAUAACUUAUGUGCUAGUGUCAAGAAUGCGGAUGAGAAUUUACUACUACACAAGAGUUGCAGAGAGGUAUUGCUUCAUCCUCGAAGUGCAGCUGAAAUUUACUGCAGAAACCUGAAAGUCAAUUGGUAUGAAACUGAUGGUAUUGAGUACUUUGAAUGUGGAUCUUGUGAACAAGUUAAUUAUUAUUGGCAAAAUGGUCUUUGUUCUUGUUGUGGACGCCAAUUGUGUAACGAGUUAAAAUUACCAAGUCCAAGCCCUAACCUACCAGGGGGUUUCACAAAAUCAACUACUCGUUUUAUGAUAACCAGUGACCUAAAUGUAAGGCCCAUAUCUACUAUGAAAGGUUUGAUGCUGCUCAAUUCUCUUGGAGGAGGUGAGAAUAAUAUGCUUGAAGAAAGAACUAUAGAUGUAGGAAAAGAUGAGAUUCUACAGUUGCUCAAGUUUUCACUGGUGUCAAAGAAUCCACUUACUAAGGCCUUCUUGCGUCUGGUCCCUCCCAGUAAUAAUAGUUGCAAUAUUACCAGAUUGGAUAGUGGUUCAGUAAAUGUAGAUCAUAGCCAAGAGACGGUCAGUAGCUCAGCAAAGACGGAGGAAAUGAUUUCUUUAAAGCUUAUUAUCAACUCAGUCAAUAAUACAUUGUUAUAUGCAGAAGCUGCUAAUGACUUUGUCAAUUUACUAUGUAGCUUCCUGACAUUCCCAAUUGGUUUUCUUUUUCAAAAGAAUUCAUAUCUGCCCUUCAACGGAUGCAUGGACAAUGUGUAUAAGAGCAUUAACAAUAUUGAAGUUGAGCUCUUUAAAUCUCCAUUGAUGAAGGAAACUUUACUCGAGUCAAGAUUGGCUCCUGGUCUUGCUCAGAUUAAGAAAGUUAUUAGUAUUAAAGACGCUACAGAACCAAAGUAUCACGGCCUUAUGGGGCACUAUAAUGCUAAGCGAGUUAAUAUCAGCUCAAUGUCUUGCAACAGGGAAACAGUAAUUGCAAAUGGAUUUUUUAAAGGACCGUCAAGCUUUAUGAUAAUGGACAAUCUGGCAGUAAUGCCUCUAUCUUCAAUCUCUGGCUUAUGUCUAAUCAAGAAGAUGCAGAUACCUUUUGAUAAAAUUGUGGAGAAAGAAGUAGUCAUCGGUGAGAAUGAGGCCAUACGUCUCUUUGCAGCUUCUUUGGUUGCGGAAAAUGCUCUCACUGAUGCUUUCUUGCGUGAUGAAAUAAAGCAGGAACAACAAGGAAUGAGUGAACCAGCAUUCAAAAAUGAAUACAUGUGCGGAGAAAAGCUCAAUUGUGAUAAAAAUCAUAUUUGUGUUUGAUGGCAAUGUUCCCAGACUUGGUUAUUUAUUAUUGUUCUGGUCUUCGCAUGAACUGGCUUAUAUUUCUAUGUUUACAUUGAUAGCUUAACAGCAAAGCUAUUCUCAAAUCUGUAAAAAUAAAUCACAGUUGGCACCAUGUUUAACGAAAAUAACAUUUCUGCUUUUUCUUGGAUUA